CGUUUCUAGUUACUUUUCUUGAAUUAUUAAAAAUAUUUGCCGUGAUUAAUUUAAUUGAAACGGACCAUAGUGCUCGUAAAUGAAAUUAACGUCCUACCCUACAUUGUCAGUUGAAGUGUUGUGCUCAACUUAUCACAUUGGAUAAAAAGAAUAUAGUGUUGUAGUUGUAGUUGUGCACAGUGAUACCAAAGAGGCCGCUCAAAUGUGGCCUUUUAUAUGUUAUUUUUGGAUGAGUAUUUAAUGAGAGCAGCUGAAGUAGCAGCAGCAGCAGCAUGGAAAGCGAGCGACUAUGCAUUCGACUGGACAAUCCAGAACGCAUUUUUUAUGCCGGCCAGGUCAUUCGUGGCGAGAUUUGGAUGAAUCUCAACAAGCGUACCAAAAUACGAGCUGUAAAAAUCCAAGUGACUGGCAAAGGUAAAUGCAAAUGGAUGGAAAUCUUGCGCAAAAACUCCAACAACAAUGAAUAUACGCGCAGUCUCUUUUACACCAGCAAAGAGAUCUACGAGCAUAGUGAAACGCCUCUCCCCGAAUUCGAACCGCGCGGCCUCGAACUGUCGGCAGGCGAGCACACUUUCAACUUUAAUGUCGCGCUAGGUCGUGAGCUGCCCUCGAGCUUCCGCGGUAGCUAUGGCAGCAUCAAGUACAAGAUGCGUGUCCUCAUUCAAAGACCCUGGACCUUUGAUGAGCGACACACCAUACCGUUUACGGUUGUGAAGAAUAUGCCUUUGCCGUCGACAUAUCGCAGCAAUCCCACUCCGUUGGAGAAGCAAAUCACCAAGACAAUUAGCCUAUUUGGCACACGACCCAUUACCAUGUUGGCCCUGCUACCCGAGGACUUCGCCGUGCGCGGCGAACCGUUGCGGAUCUGUGUGACCGUCACGAAUAACAGCACAACGAAUGUGGAGAAGCUGCGCUUCAACAUACUACAGUACGUCACUUACUACAGUCAUGUACCAUUGCGUGUGCAGAAGGUCGAAUGCAUUGCGAUUGCCAGCAAGGAGACGGGUGCGGUGGGCAAGAAGAGCGAACGCAGCUUUGCCCAUGAGCUGUUGAUGCCGGACACGGCACAGCCAACGGAUGAGCAGUUCAGCGGCGUCAUAACCAUAUCCUAUGAGCUGCGCGUUGAGGCUGUCUUGCGAGGUUUCUUUAAGAAUUUGGUGCUUAACUUGCCGUUCAAGGUAUAUUCUCAGGAUGUUUCCGCCAGGCUGGGCUCGGUGCGUCCAUCGCUGCCGCCACGUCCCGACAAUGGCCCACCGGGUAUUGAUGAGGUUGCGGCAAACGCCGCUGUUGCUCCUGGCAAUCCUUUCGAUCCACCUGUUCCUAUAUCUGUGUAUCCAGCGCUAGACUCUUCCAUUGGCUCGCCAUCGCAUUCGUCGAUGUACAGUGAAUGCAGUUCCUUGAACUCCACCACCUCGGAUUCCACGCUUAGUCCGGCCGUUGGUGGUGUGGAGCUGUCCUACACAUCCGGCUCACAAUCAUCGCAGUUUGGCAGCCCCUCGACCCGUGCCAGCGUGCGCAGCAGCUCCAAUGUGCCCUACAUGCCUUAUACUUCCAGCCCACUGAUGGUGCAAUCGUAUCCACCUCCACAUCUGCCCCCGUAUCCAUUGCCCGAGUCGCCGCAGUAUACGCUGCUCGCCCUGACGCCUCCGCCAGCACAGCCACCAUCUGGAGCCGGCGGCUAUAGCCAACUGCCAUCCACGUCGGCGGCAUCUGGAUCAUAUCCGCAGACACGCCAACACGCCGGCGCGCACGCAUUGCCUCCCUCCUAUGACGAGCUCUUUGGCAGCGCCAAUGCACCGCCGGAAUCGCCGAAGUAGCUGACGAAUCGCUCCCACAUAUUGUUCAUGCCGCCCAGUUAUAUCUAAGCUUUGCCUAGAAAUGCAUCAGGAUUACUUUAGAGUGCUUGCAACCACAUAUGCCUAAAUAAACAUAAUCUGGAGUUGUGUAUCUCAAAAACUAAAUGUUACAAGAAACGUAUCUCGAACGAGCAAGCGAAACAUUGCCAUCAACUUUGCACACGAAAUAUUUACAAUACUCAUCAUUGUAAAGCAUUGCUUGGGAGUGAAGGAUAUGUAUAAAUAUAUUGACAUAUAUAUUUAUGGAUAAUUACAUUAACAUUUAACUUAUGGUUAAGAUUUGCGUAAGAUAUUUAAAUGAAAAUUUUCACAAAAUAAUCAGCAAUUACUUGGCCUUUGUGUACUUGUUUAGACACCUUUAAAGUGACGCCAAUUUUGUGUUCGCACCUUUGUAAAAGGCGUAUCGAAUAUUUCUGACCUACCGAAUAAUUAGCUUAUUGGCUUGAAAUCAUAUUC